AUGCUUCGUCUGUGGUUCUUCUUAGGACUCUUGCUCCUCGCUCAGGCCUCAAGGCCGGCCCCGGGCCUGGGUAUGGGCAAACCAUGCCGUAUCGGAGGCCCGGCAUGCCAACAGACCCUGUUCUGCUGCACGGAUCCGAAUGUGAGGAACAGAGAAAGCAGCCAAAUGGCCUUUAACUGUAACUUUCUGGCCUUUCUUCUCCUUUCUGUGGCACUUUGCGAAAUAGCUUUCGCCGUUGACGAGAGCUCUUUAACCCGAUCCGGAAAUCACGUAGCCGGCGGAAAAACCUGUCGAAUUGGGGAAACACCCUGUGAGCCGGGAUAUUUUUGCUGUGCAUCGAAGAAGUCUAUUUUUACCGGCAGCUGCAAACCGAUGAUCGAGAAAAAUGUGCUGCAAUGC